AUGCACAUCACAUCCACUCUUACAUUGACGGCAACGGUUCUCAGUCUGCUGUCCUCGAGUCUCGCUAUCCCCUCGUCGACGUAUUCCAAGAUCGAUGCCCGGGAUAUCCUCCGGCCUAGAAAUUGGGACCUCCGCCUCUUCAGCCCAGGCUGCGACCCCAACACGACCUCGUUCGACCUCUCGCUCUGGCACCGGCAGGGCGUGGCGGCGACGGACGGGUGCGCCGCGCUGGACGCGGGGCUGAACGCGAGCACCGUGGACACGUUCUCGUGGAAGAGCCCCAGCACGAGCAGCCCAUACGAUCUGUGUCUGUAUAGGGCGGGGUGCGAGACCGACUCGAAGGAUGUACAGGUGAUCCGGAGCGGAUGGGAGGUGUGCGUGAAGUAUACGGGGUGGAGGGGGUGGGGGGUGGUAGCGCAUGGAGAGGAUUGUUAG